AUGAAUUGUAAAAGGUACUGUUUUCUGGCAACUAACCUCCUGUUUGCCACCCUAUUUUUGUUCUUAUUUGGGUUCACCUUCGAAGGAUGCAAUAAUUCUUUUGCUACCUUUUUAUCCAGAAAGUUAUACGAAUAUGUUCUAUACCUUUAUAACAAUGACACUUUUGCCCUAUUUUUGACUCUCUUCAGUUAUUUAGGACAGUUUCUGGCCAAGAUGUUAUUCUACAAGGGCCUCCCCUCAAAGUUCUAUCUUCACUGUUAUCCUCUUUUAGGUGACAAUUCUUUGGAAUCUGUUUUAGGCCCUUUACCCAAUAGUACUGUAAUGGCUUUUAAAAGAUUUGUAGCAUGGUUUUACAAACUCUAUUGGACUCUUUUAAAACGACCCCUUAGUUACUUUUAUGUUUUUGGAUUCUUUGGUGUCAUGGUUUCGGUUAGGCUUUUACUCUUAACUCUUCUAUCACUUACCCUAUUGUUUGCUGUAAAAUAUUUCAAAAAUCUCCUCAAACAUUUGGGAUUCAAUCUCGCAUUACCCCUUGUACUACUACCCUCAUAUCUAUUUGUGCUUCUUGUAUACUACUGGGCUUACGAGUCAUUUUUUACACCUUUACACUUGGCUGGAUCCUUAGUUCUUGUAGGAUCUCUUUCCUACAAUAAAUUCAAGAAAUCACGUCGCUAA